ACAAAGAAAGAACUCAAUAAGCAGAAAAUUAAUCAACAAUGGAAAAGUAUUCUAGUACCAUUGCCCUUGUUUCUGCCCUUUGCUUCUCAGCCCUCGGUUUUGCUUGCUGUGAAAACCCAGAUUCAAUCUAUGUUAUUGGCCUGGUUUACUGUGACAACUGCCAUGUCGGUUUUCCUACCACGUCUAGUAAGGUGAUCGAAGGCGCAGAGGUGCACCUGGAAUGCAGCGACAAGAAGGGCGGAGCACCAACAUACAGGGAAUGGAAGAAGACUAAUUCUGAAGGAAUGUACGAAUUCGAAGUGACGAAGAAAGUAAAUGCGAACAGCUACUGUGAAAUCAUUGCUUUCGAGAGCAACCUUGAUGACUGCAGAAACAUUGUCCACGACGACGCUAGCCAGGAGCUGAAGCUAAAAUUCACCAAGCCUAGCCCGAAUGAUAAACGGGUCGUCGCCUUCGGGAACAAGCGCUUUGCUGCCCCGAUUUCCUUUCAACCCGAUCAGCCUCUUCAAAACUGCGCUGAGCACCACAACGAAGACGAACAUGACAAGGAGGAGGAGGGUGAUCCGCGGCACAAACAUGAAGAAGAACAUAAUGACGAGGGGGAUGCUCCUCAGCACCAACAUGAAGAUGAACAUGAACAUGAGGAGGCCCAUUAAUAUUAUUAAUUCACAUAAAUUGGAACCCUUCAUUUUUUUUUUUUUUUUUUUUUUUGAAAUUCAGCGAUCUAUAUUAUGGGUUUUGUAUAAUUUAGUUCCCCAAGACAGUUUUUGGCAAUGUAGUUUUACAUAAUUUUUUAGCUCUC